GGAAAAUAAAUUAAUGAAUUGUGAAGGGGAAAUGCUAGUUGGUGAAACAGAAAAUAUGAUAUUCUACCUUAAAAAUAUAGACCCUGAAAAUUUCACAGGAAUUCAGUUUCCUAAUUCCGAUACGGAAAAUAUCUCUACCUUUGACCCAUCGCUUGAGAUCAAAUUGCCGCCAAGUCUCCUGGAUAACGUCAACGGCGUCAGCAGCUACUUUAAUACUACCACAUUACGAAUCAUUUUUAUUAUAUUCAGAAAUGCAGCACUGUUCCAGGAUAAAAAUCAGAGCAUUAUUUUAAAUAAUGUAGUUGGAAUUCGAGUGGGGAAUAUAAACAGUGAUAAUCUGACAAAUCCUGUUCUGAUUGUGUUUAACGAAUCAUCAUCGAAAACAUUAAUUCCAAAAUGCGUCUUCUGGGAAUUAGAACAAAAUGGACAAACAACUACCGGUCACUGGAAUGAUUCUGGGUGUACAACAGAAAAUACAGACAAUCAAACCAUCUGCCGAUGCAAUCACCUGACUUUCUUUGCUGUCUUGCUGCAACCCACUGGGAGCCAAUCCUUGGAUGUGAAGAUAUUGAAAUCACUAACAUAUAUCACACAGAUUGGUUGUGGUGUUUCUGCCAUUUUCACAGCAAUUACUUUAAUCAUCCAUUUUAUUCUCAGAAAGAAACAAAAGGAAUGUUCCAUCCAGGUCCACAUGAAUCUCAGUGCUGCCUUGUUUCUUCUCAAUGUGACCUUCUUAACAAACACAAGGCUCAGUUCCAGUUGCACAGACAGUCUCUGUAAAGCCAUGGCUGUCUUGCUGCAUUACUCACUGCUUUGCAGCUUUACAUGGAUGGGAAUCGAAGCGUUUCACCUGUACAUCAUGCUGAUCAAAGUGUUCAACACCUACAUUAAGUGCUACAUGCUGAAACUCCGCCUUGUUGGUUGGGGCAUUCCCGCUGGUGUACUUUUAAUCAUUGUUGGAGUGAGCACAGACAAUUAUGGCUGGCAUUCGAUUCCUGUCAAUGGCAAUUACAACUCUACGGACAUGUGUUGGAUAACAAACAAGACUGUGCAUUAUAUUACAAAUAUUGCCUAUUUUGUACUUAUAUUCGUGGGCAAUACAACCAUGCUGAUAAUUCUAUGUGUAAAAGUGAUCAGAUUGAAAGGAGGUAAUGAGAAGAGUAUAUUCACCAUACUGGGCCUGACUUGUCUACUGGGCACAACCUACGGCAUAGCUUUUUUCUCACAUGGACUUCAGAGUGUACCUGCACUGUACCUGUUCUGCAUCCUCAACCCUCUGCAAGGGUUUUUCAUAUUCCUCUGGUACUGCAUGUUAACACGACCAACCAACAACAGAGCCAGCGAGACAUCAAAAACAAGCAGAUCUACAACUUACUAGUGAGGACAACUGAAAUGUCGACACACCUAUUUUUGAAGCACAAUGUGAAAUUUUCAUUUUUAGUUUCCUAGCACAGAGCUUCGCACAUAAGAACCACAUAGAGGGGAUUCAGGGAGUGCCCAAUAACUUUCCAUCAUGGAUAGAAAAGGAUGUGGGUUGUGUACUGGAAAUCCUGAUUUAUGCACCUGACACAUGAAGCUCUGAACUGGGGAUGCUAAAUAUAGAGUCACCCAUUCCAUGUACACAAAUAUGCUAGCAAAUGAUUCCAAAUUAUAUUACAAGAUAUUUAAAAUGUGAGUGGUAGAGGAGCUGUCAGGUAUUAAGCAAGAAUGCUAGUGCCAUAGCCAUAUGCUGAUAGAGUUGGAUGAAAAGGAGAUGGGAAAGAAGCUCAUGUGGACCAUAAGCAGUCUCAUAGCCCAAUUGGGCCAAAUGGCCUGUUUUUGUGCUGAAGACUCUACAUUAUUCUAUUUAAGAUUACAACCUCUGCUGCUGUUUGGUGCAGUCAGAAUCUGUGUGAUGCUGCUUUUUAAGUAUUUUUAAAAAUAUUUUAAUGCAAAAUAACAGACAUGCAUAAAUAGAAUAUGCUUAAUCUCCUUUAAUAUAGAAAAUAUAUUUGGCUUAUAACUUUGAUCUUCAUAUGUGGUUGAAUCACACAUUGUAAUAAUUUUGUACACGUACAUCUUGCUUUGAUUUAAUUGCUAUUUAAUUUCUAAUCAUGUUUCUGCCUCACCUCUCCGUAACGUGGGGACCAAUGUCCAGAUAGAGCAACAGCUAUGUGACUACAUUUCAAGUUGUGUUACAACCUUGGUGAUGUUUUUACUCUGAAGUUUUUAUGUGGUUUAUUCAUUUGAUGAAAAGAGAUAUCAUUGCUAGAUCAACCAUCACUGACUGCUGAUUUAAUGUGGCAGGGCCCACUAUGAUAAAGCACUGGUUAUAUUAAUU